GUGCUUCCUUCCCGCCGCCGCCGUUUCCCUUUCUUUCCUUCUCUCCUUUUUUUGCCUACCUGCCCCCUCAGGUUGCCCUUUCCGCCUCUGAUGUCGGCCCUCGACCCUCGCCCAUCGUCAGCCGCGAGGGAGACGCCUCGCCAGCGAGCAAGCAUAUGGCCCGAGAUUGCACCGCCGAGACUUGCCCAACUCCGGGUGGCUUUGUGUCGUGGCCGCCGUCGACUGCCGGCAAUGCCUUCAUGCUGGCUGCCUUCGCCUCCCUGAUUCCUGUCAACGUCUAUACCGGCAUCCGCUACAAGACCCUCCUCUACGCAUCCCUAAUCAUCGCCGGCCUGCUACUCGAGAUUGUCGGACAUGUCGGCAAGAUCCUGCUCCAGAACGAUGCCGCCAGCGUCCCUAGUUUCGCCCUCUACAUAACGGGCAUGCUCUGGGGACCGAGUUUUAUCAGCGCCGCUAUUUUCUUCUUUUUACCCCAUGUCCUAGUCAUCUACGGUCAAGAAUUUCGCCUCAUAUCCCGCCCCGUCUACCUAGGAGUCUUCUUUAUCAUCCUCGACGUCUUCACUCUGGCCUUUCAGUUGGUUGGGGCCGUCUACGGGGCCAGUGCCGGCACUGUUGUUGAGAUGGGGCAGGGGUCAUAUAUCCUCCUCGCCGGCCUCGGUCUCAAUGUUGCCGGUCUUGCCACUUUCCUCGUCGGUUACCGGUACUUUGUCUAUCGACUCGACCGCCGCCGCUACGUCUUUAACCCGACUUUUUCGGCUGUCUUUUUGUCAUUGCGAUUCAACAGAUUACUUCUUUGCAUGCAGCUGGCUACCUUGCUGCUUCUUGUGCGGGGAGCUGUACGAAUUGCGGCAUUUUCCGGCGGCCUGGGCAGCGUUCUCGCCCAAUCCCAAGUGGCGAUAUUUCUUCUCGACGACACGCUUGUGUUGAUUGCAGCCAUCAUUCUGUCCGCUGCGCCGCCGGGGAGAGCGUUCGGACCGGCUUGGGCAGAAACUUCUCCGUACCCUGCGUGUGCAACCCGACGGAAGCCCACAUCAAACCCUCAGAUAAAAAGGGUUAUAUCGCAACCAUAUCCCUUCACGCCGGGAUCCCUCCCGCCACCGCCGCCGCUGCCGCAACCGCUGCCGCAACCGCUAGCACACCGCUCUCCCCACGGGAUAGCCGAGGCCCCAGGGGCUCUGCUGGCAUCGCCGCUUCAAUAUCCCGUUCACCACUGGAUUACCUAUAACCUGCCCAAGCCACAAACAGUGCCUUACCUGUCUCCAACCGGUUCAGCACCGUAUCUGUCUCCGGCCGGCAGAGGUCCCAUAUCGCCGUCCGCCAGAGCACCCUAUAGCCCGGCAUUGUCCUCCUCGACCUCGUCAUCUAGGGGAAAAAAGAACAGAGCAAGGCAGAUUUCGAACCCGCGACUUGUAGAUUCAAACUCGAUUUGGACCUGAAGUUUUCGGCCUCGGCUUCUCUUCGAAAACUCUAUUAUCGCUACGAUUGUUACGACGGUUUUGUUUCAAUAGGCUGGCUCCGACUUUGGAACCGGCUAGGUGUAUGGGCCAGCGUCAGUCUUUGUCUCUUGUGACUUGUUUUGCUAUUCGGGCUAGCUGCCUUUGGCUAUCGGGAUGAUGUUUUUGGGACUGACUAACGUU